GCUUUUUGAUCCUAUCAUUUUUUGGGCAAAUUAUUUCCCAAAUCGUGUACACGGCACUCCGGUGUUAACAAGGGGGAAAAUAAUUUUGAAUAAUCUAUUUCGUGCUGCACAUCUUAUGGCUUUGCAACACUCACAUUUAUUAAAUCUUAGAUAUGAUCGUGAUGAACCAUUAAGUGCAAUGGUACGAGUUGAUAGUAUGGAGAAUAAAAAAAUUCCAUUUGUUCUUCGAUUAGAGCCUCAUAUCAUUGUUCAAUCUCCAGAACCUAUCACACCGUGGACGAAAGCCGUCGGGUAA